UGUCAGUUGUCCGUCCGCCAGGUGUUCGCGCGUUCAUCACCUGUCCCACUGUGAAUUUGUGUUUUGGAUUUUCGAACAAUUGGAUUCUUUACGUUUAUAAGGUGGGAGUGUAGGAUUUAAAAGAACUCAUACUUCUUAGCUUAAGAUAUUUGACGAGGCAUGUUGACAAUGAAAUGAGGACAAUGUUACUGAAGAGGUAAUCUGCUUGAGUCAACAUGGAUGAGAGUUCAGCUUCAGCGACAGACGAGGUUGCGACAGAGACGCUAGCGACGUCGACGUCCACCGCGACGACAGAGACCAUGGACUCUGCGACAGACAAGACUGACAGUCCUAGCAGCAGUGGACGACACAGCCGCUCCGACAUGCUUCCCCCACCACCUCCCCCUGACACAUCAUCAAGAAAUGGAGUGGACAAUCCAGCUUUUGAGAGUAACGAAGUAAAGUUAAACAUUAACGGAACACAUCACCGAGACCCGACGAGCAAUGGAUCCUUCCUGAACACGACGGUGACAAGCAAAACAGAACCUGAGGAAGAUAACAAGAAGGAAGGAGAGAUGGCGGAAGCUGUGAACCUGGAACUGGUUAACAUGAAACCAUUCGGAAACGGAAUCAACGGAAUCCCAGUCAAAAAGGGAGACUCCUCAGAAGUGGACAUGGGAGAUCCGUAUGACGAGUACUUUGUGCCAGUCAAUGAACAUAGGAAAUAUAUCAGAGGAGAAAAACUAUAUGUAACAAAAGACAAGCGGCAUCCUCCUACCAAAAAGAAAUGUGUUCUUGUCACACUGGGCUUAGCUAUUCUUGUAGGAAUCCUUUUAGUCAUCGCCUUAGCAGCAUCUGGAGCACUAUCAAAUGAAAACGAGUCAACACCGGUAGAAAGUAGGAAUUUUGGCACAACAGAUCUAAGGUUGGGAGCAGUAGGAGGUGGGUUACGUACCAAACCAUCGACAACCCCAGCCACCCCUAGUAGCUCUCAGACAGCUGAUCCGCCCUCGUCUACAUCCUUCGUACCACCCGCCACCGAGUCACCUUAUUACGUGAAGCGUUCGAUAGAGGGUCAAGUUACGAUAGACAACAUGGAGUUCACUCCAGGCCUCGCCAACCACAGCUCCAUGGAGUUCACAACCCUCGCAACAUCCCUUGAGGAAGAGUUGAAAAUGGCAAUCUUUGACCGGCAAACACUAAACUAUGGACCAGCUGAUAUAUUUGUCAAGGUUCUGGAGUUUUCGCCUGGCAGUGUAGUAGUGAAGUACAGGAUUGGAUGGACGUUCAAGGAAGGAAUCCGUAACCCACCUGAUCCAGUAACGGCAGACUCAUUGAAACAAAGGCUACAGGAUCAUUUACGAUCAACUGACGGUUUUCUGUAUAACUACCGGCUGCCACUGCACUCGUUACAGGCUGAACGCGUCGUGGAUGCUUGCCAGGUGAACAACGCCGGGUGCUCUGAUCAUUGUGAGUUUGAUUACGACCUUCUUGAGUUCAUGUGUCACUGCCCAGACGGCUUCGUGUUGGCCUCCGAUCAGAAAACAUGCCAGGAGCCAGAGAUGGCACAUCAACCAUCAGCAGAACCAGAACCUUCAGCAGAACCGGAACCUUCUUCUAAACCGGAACCUUCAUCUGAACCGGAACCUUCUUCUGAACCGGAACCUUCUUCUGAGCCUGAACCUUCAUCUGAACCGGAACCGUCUUCUGAGCCUGAACCUUCUUCUGAGCCUGAACCUUCUUCUGAACCUGAACCUUCUUCUGAACCGGAACCUUCUUCUGAGCCUGAACCUUCUUCUGAGCCUGAACCUUCAUCGGAGCCAAAACCGUCAUCUGAAUCAGAACAUGAAGAACCAUCUGAAAAUAUGAAUAUCCAUCAUAUGUCUGAAAAACAGUCUGAAUCAACUCCUGCUCCCGAACCAUCUGCUGAACCUGAACCAAAAUUAGAACAUGAAGCAGCAUCUGAAAACUCAAAUACUGCAUUGGAACACAUGAAAGACCAACAGUCUGAGCCAAGUUCAAAACCAGAACCAGCAUCUGAACCUGAACCAUCUGUUAAUCCUGAGCCAUCACCUGAACCUUCUACAGAACCUGAACCGCAACAAAACCAAGAAUCAUCAGUUAAUCAUGUUGGAAACAUUGUAGAAGAUACUUCAGAAAAAGAACCACCAGCUGAACCUGAACCUUCUGCAGAGCCUGAGCCAUCUGCAGAACCUGAACCUUCUGCAAAACCUGAGCCAUCUGCUGAUCAUGAACCUUCUGCAAAGCCCGAGCCAUCAGCUGAACCUGAACCAUCACCUGAACCUUCUGCAGAACCUGAACCACAACAAAACCAAGAAUCGUCAGUUAAUCAUGUUGGAAACAUUGUAGAACAUACUUCAGAAAAAGAACCAUCAGCUGAACCUGAACCUUCUGCAGAGCCUGAGCCAUCAGCAGAACCUGAACCUUCAGCAGAACCUGAACCUUCAGCAAAACCUGAGCCACCUGCAGAACAUGAACCCUCUGCAGAGCCAGAGCCAUCAGCUGAACCCGAAUCAUCAGCUGGAUCUCAAAAAAAUUUAAAAACAGAAUCACAAAAGGACAUUGAAAUAAUGCAUGAACAUGAAAUGGAUAAGUCAAAAGACUUACCCAAAGAAUCUAUGGUUGCAGUAACUGAUUUACCUGGAGUCAAGGGACCUAUGACUGAUGAUUCUGAACAUCACUUAGAAACAGGUUCAGAAAGAAUAAAGGAGGUUUUAACAUCAUAUCACGACUCUGCCUCUGAUAACCCACAUCACGAGAAACCAUCGGUUGAUGAUAAAUCAACAGAAGAAAACAAACAUCUAGAAUACGAAGGAAGAUCUCAUGGAAGUGAUAUAUUUGCAUUUGUGCCAAGUGGUGCUGAAAAUAAUCAAACAGAAAUGCCUCACGAUGUUAAUGAGAUCGAUGAGAACCCAUCAUUAACUUAUGAUAAUCCAAAUGAAAAACAUAGUAACCAUGAAGAUACACUUCAUAAUCAGUAUGAACAAAAUCAUCAUGAAAUUGGCUCAGAUAAAACUGAGAGUCAUAGCACUGACAAUAAUUCUGGGGUCACACAUGAAAAUGAGAUGCCUCCGACAAAUGAAAAUCCCGAAUCUCAUGUCGAUGAUAAAAUACCACAUGAUAUCUAUGUUAAAAAUGUUAAUGCUGUUGAUACUACAACCUUACCACCCGAGGAAAUAGACCCUAUGGAGUUUAGUGAGGGAAUCAAUGGAGGAACACCAGUGGUUAAUUUAUCAAUGUCUGAUCUGAUAAAUGGUAAAGAUAAGUCCUUUGGUGUGAUGCACAUCAUCCAUGAUUCAGUUAUGGAGCACAGUGCUGAAGUAAGUACUGUGAAGCAUGAUUCUGGUCCUGAAGAACAAGAUAGUACUGAACUACCUAAUGAUUCAGAAAAUGCUCUCAAUAACGAAAAAACAAAUUUAGGUGUAAACGAACAUAAUUUACAUAUUAGUGAAACAACUGCUCACAAUUGGCUGUCAAAUGAUGAGACUACUGUGCAUCCAUUGUUUCCGGAUGUGAAAGAACAAAUCAAAAUGUCUGUUACUGAUUCUGAAACUACAAUAGAUCCUCUUUUCACAUCAGGAAACAAUUCAACAUUGAAUAACACAGUGCAUGAGAAGAAAGAUGAAUCAUCCACUUCAGAUUCAUCAAUUUUGUCAAAUAUUGACACUACGAUAAACCCUCUGUUUCCUGUUGAGGCGAAAAUGUCAACAACCACAUUACAGCCUGAAAUCAAAGUUUCGUCAGAAUCGCCUGCAAGUAGUUCUUUAGAUAAUGAAGUCUUGACCACUAUUAACCCUCUCUUCCCUGUUCCAGAGAAGCAAGAGCAAAACAUGAACUCUACAACAAAUACCGAACAUAAAACUACCACUGGAGCACCUAUCAAUAGUGUACUCAAUGAUGUUGCGAGCACAAUUGUUCCUCUAUUCCCUAUGUUAGAUAAAGAGGCAACUAACCCAACAUCUGAAAAACCUGUUAGUAAAGUUAACGAGAACCAAGAAAAGAGUUUGGAUUUUUUCUUGAACGAUGCUGAGGCAACAAUACAUCCCUUAUUUCACAAUGAAAGGACAACAGCUAACAGUCAGGAAUCUGUCAUGAAAGAAACAUCUAAUGAAAAUGUUACCGAUGAACAAAAAUCUCUUACACUAAAUGGUGUGGAUACAACGAAUUUGACUGACACUACAACUGUUCACUCUGACCUAAAUAGUAGCAUUCCUGAGAACACUCACAAUCCUUUAUUCACACCAACUGAACCCAGUAAUGACAAAGUUAAAGAAAGAGAAAUUGCUUCUUAUAUAAAUGAGAGCCAAACUAAUGGCAAUGACUUGGAUAAACAGUUGAAUGAACACUCCAAUAUUGUUGAAAAAUCUGUUACUGAAGGAACAACUUCAAACAUUAGUCCUCAUGAAGAUCCUCGGAUUGGAUUGAUGGAUGAAACUAAAACACUUGAGCAUUUACAUGUUAAUAAAACUUCAGAAGACCCCCGAAUUAGUGUUGAUAGCAAAGGCACUGAAAAUAACCUUGAAAUCCAUUUACAGCCAAAUAACGACCCCAGAAUAGGUUUGUAUGACACCAAUCAAACAUUUGGCUCUACAGAAAAUAAUUUCGACCAUGAAGUAAAAACUGCAAGUGAUCCAAGAACAGUAGAAAGAGAGAGUUCUUUUUCUGACUUUUCAAAUGAGUCAGGUGCAACUCAAGUUCCUAUUUUUACUAAAGACGUUUCAAAUUCUAGUCCAGCCAUGAAUACUGACUUGCAGGAUACAUCAACAAGUUCUAGCUUAGUUGUAGACAAUUUUGUGAAAGAUGGUAACAAAAGUCAUAUUCAGUUUUCAAGCACAACUUCUCCUAUGCCACAUGACAAUUAUGACUUCCAAAAAUCUGAAUUCUUAGAUGAAUAUUCAAGUAGUAAGAGAUUGAAUGCUGAAGACCUUGAGAAUGACACAAACAAAGACAUAAAUGAUGUGAAUGAUAAUAUUUUUAAUGGCACCUCUUAUGACCAGGGCUUGAUUUUACAGAACAUAAAUGAAGAUGACGAGUCUUCAGAGAAAUAUGCGUUCAAUGAAAAAGAUUCCUAUGAGAAAAACGAAUUCAAGAAGAAAGAAAAGAAAACAGUUAAGCAUGACGACUCUGAAGUAAUUAAGUCACUUUAUGAAAAGAAAAAUAAAUUGGAUAAAGAAAGGAAGGCAGACAAGUUCAACCAACUAUCCCAAGAUCAUGGUGUAGAGUCAUCUUCUAAUCCAGCCACUGAAUCAAGCUCUAAUGAAACUAUUUCACUUACAACCUCUCCACAUCACCCUGUUGACAAUCAAGACUACGGUAAUGGAGUGUAUGAACUAGAUGACAAGAAAAAUAAGAAGAAAUUCAACAAAAAGUCAGAUGGAAAACCGUCAUCUGAUAUUGGCCCAGGAGACGUUCAUGAGCCAGUUUACAACGGAGCUGAUGAAACGUCACCAGAAUCAGUAAAGGAUGUCAACACAGAACCGUCAAUUUCUGAAAGAAUCCUUGCAGAAUCACCCACUAUUGCUGAGGAAAACAAAGAUGCAAAUAACGAAAAGGUAGAAGAAAACAAACCAGGCGAUUCAGUAAAAGAGAAUGUUCCAUCAGAUAAGGAAAAAUCAACAGAGCUUCAUUUUGAAUCAGUAAACAAUCAGUCUUUGAAUGAUUCUUUCAUGGGCAUGAGCACCGUGGACAAAAAUUCACCAUUUGGAUUCUCAAAGUGUGCCUCAGGCCAGUUCCAAUGCACCAACGGAACCACCAGGGAAGGCGCUUACUGUGUUGCACUCUCCGCUAAGUGUGAUUCAGUCAAUGAUUGUUCUGAUGGAUCAGAUGAAGCCGGUUGUGUCCAAGAUGGAUGUCCUGGAAACUUCCAGUGUGCCAGUGGACAGUGCCUAAAGAGACAUUUAGUAUGCAACAGCAUUGUUGACUGUAACGAUGGGAGCGAUGAGCAGAAUUGUGAUGAAUGGAAAUGCCUGUUUGAUGAGUUGCAAUGUCCGUCCGGUCGCUGUGUUCCUGUUUUAUGGCAAUGCGACGGCAAGCCCGACUGUGACAACCAUACUGACGAGUUCAACUGCCAGACAUCUUGUGGUAACAACGAGUACCUGUGUCCCGAGGGUUGGUGUAUCCCACAGACUUGGAGAUGUAAUGGAGAGCCGGAGUGUGCAAAUGGAGAAGACGAGAAACUCUGUGACUGCUCGGUAGACCAGUUCCGCUGCAGCACGGGAGGUUGUGUUGACGCAGCACAAGUCUGCGAUGGAGUUGAGCAGUGUCCAGACAACAGUGAUGAGUGGGACUGUGUACAAGUGGACGCCAUGGACUUGCAGAUCAGGACCAAGGACGAGUGGCUGCCUGUCUGCGCCACUGGCUGGACCCCCGAGUGGAGCCAUGCAGCUUGUCAAGGUCUCGGCUUUGCCAAGGCACAGUUCACGGAGAUGAGAGCUGCAGAUAACUCAACUCGCCACUUCACGCUCAAACCUGACGCCCGAUGGGACUCUGGACAUCGUCUUACUGCAGCCGUCACGCUGAGCGACCAACCCUGCGAGGCCUUUGUGGAACUCACCUGCCAGGAGUUCACGUGUGGCAACCCUGGGCCAUCGGAAGGAGUUGCGGCCAGACUGGUUGGUGGUAACAGUGCUGCCAACGGUCAAUGGCCGUCAGUGGCCAUCCUCUACCAGAACAAGACAAAGGCAUCCUGUACAGCCUCCAUCAUCAGUCCUCGCUGGCUUCUGUCAUCUUACAACUGUCUGCAUUCCAGGGACAAAUCGCUGAUGUCUGAGGGCUGGGUUGCGUUCGGAGGAGGCUCCAUGUUCGAAACUGACAAGCCUGAGACUCAAGUUCGUGUUGUGUCAGAGAUGGUUCCGUAUCCCCAGGUCAAGUUCAACCGCUUCCUCUACUCGGACGACGUGGUGCUCGUAGCGCUGCAGGAGCCAUUCGCUCUCUCUCGCUACGUGGGAGCCAUCUGUUUGCCGGAGAAGGAGAUAGAACCUAGACAGAUCUGCGUCACUGCAGGCUGGGGCUACACUUCCCCGGGAGAGAUCAACUUUAGUCAGUAUCUGCACUAUCUGCCGGUGCCUACGAUAGACCUAGCCGAGUGCAACUCCACCAAACACUACGCCGGGUUUGUGUCCCACCAUGAGAUCUGCGCAGGUUUCACAGAUGCAGAGAAAACUCCUUGCUACAAGGACGAAGGAGCGCCACUGAUGUGUGUCAGCGAAGGAGGAGUCUGGGAACUACAGGGAAUCUUGAGUUACCAUAGUCACUGCGGCCGCGGCUUCCAUCCCUCCAUCUACAGCUCUGUGGCUGCUGUGCGCGGCUGGAUCGAGCACACUGUCGGCAGCAGGUUUGAGCGCAAGUCCACCUUCAACGUGCGCAGGUGAUAAUCGACUUAGGACUCUCACGCUAGUUGUGGAAGAUAUAACUGAAGUAAAAAAUGAAAUGUAAAUUAGGAUCUGACGGACUUAUCAAACGUUCAGUUUGAAUACUAAGUGAAGUAAACUGAGCUAGUCAUCGAAGAUUGUAAAUGAUUCUUUGGCUCUUUACCAUUGUGAAGCGUAGACUUAGGUCUACCAGCAAUUAUUGUACAUGUGAAUCAUACUCGUUUUGAAUUAGUUUGUUAAGUAGGUAGAUUUUAUUCUGUGAAACAUAUUUGUUCUUAAGUUGGUAAAAAGAAUAAUUUUUCUUGUAAAAACUAUUGAUUGAAUGUUUCAAAACAGUUUUGAGGUGUGGUUGUAAAAUAUUAUGCAGAGAUUAAAACACUCAAAGUUUUAUCUUUACAAAUUAAGUGAAAAAAGGUCAAAAACAACAUCAAAAUUAUCAUGUUUGAUCUAAAAUAUAAUGAAGUAUUGAAUCUCAUGGUACAUUACGAGUGACUGUUCACAGCUAUUCUUUUGACCCUCUUGUAACUUCUUCUUCUCUUCACCUGUUUCACAGAAUCCUUUUCCAAUGACGUUUAUAAAAUCAUUAGGUGUAAUGACAUAAGAUUGUACAGCUAGAAAUGGAUGCCAUGUGUACGUUAAUGUUUAUAGAAUGCUCAAAGAAUGCCGCAAGGCUUGUGGGUAGUUCCUUCAUUUUGGCCAUGAUAGAACUCGUCAACCAUAGGAAAGGAAACACUUGUAAUAUUGUUAGACUUGUAAGUAGUUGUAAGUUAGACAACGUGAUGUCUUCCAAGAGCAUGCGGUUGGAUGUAAACUAUUUUAGUAUUCAUACUUUGUAAAUAACGUUUGAAAUAGUUUUUAACAUUUUGUACAUGUAAAAAUGCUUCUUCGGUGCCAAAUUAUUAUAUCGCAAAUUGAUCGCAUUGUAAUAUAUUAAUCUUGACUUCAAAAAGCUUGUUAUAGGUCAACAAAUCUCGACAUAAAAUAUCAUUGAAUUACCAAUUGAAAGGCUGGUGCGUAGUCAAAUAAAAAGUACUUUGAGAAAUUUUGGCCAAGGUAAUCACUUUAUAUAGUUAUUAUUUUCAUUUGUUCAUGUCUAAAAAUCUGGUAAACCCAUCUUGUUAACAUUUUGCUAAGUUUAGCCUUGAAUUAUUGUAAAUUAUAUAUUUUAUAAGUCCUUCACAAAAAAGUGCCUUGCAAUAGCAUCUUAGUAUAGGUAAUAAAAUGUAAAUAUUAGUCAGUUAGAUAUAGUCCUCCUUCAUAACACAACUCUAGUGUUAAUUGUCUUUAUUUUAAAAACAAACAGAAUAUACGUCUUUACGAGAUACUUUUAUAGAAAAAAAAACUGCCACAGGUAUGGUUCAGGAUACCUCUUUCUAAAAGAAAAACAACAAAUUGCAUUUAUAAAUAGGUGCAUUUAUCCUAGUGUAAGAUAUUUUAUUGUAUCAUAGUCUAAUUCUAUAUCCGUCCAUAAGUACUGUUGUAUUUCAUAAUGUUGAAUCCAUGUAUAUUAGUUAUAUUGAAAUUGUUAAUUUGUACAGUUUUGUUUAGAAUAACAUAAUUAUUCAGUGAAA